AAGUUUAGCCUGAACCGUCUGUAUCAGUUCUUCUCAUUUUCAAUUUGGGAAUCUGUCCAGAGCGAUUCUAGGACCGGUUCUCGUCGAACCUCACUGGUUGGACUGGAUGGUCCGAGUUUUGCUUGUACAAGACUUAAAAUACAGGGAAAAAAGUAAAAGAAGAAAAGAAGAAAAUCUGUCUCGUGAAAUUAAGGAAUCAAAAAAAGGUAAACCUUUUAAUCCCCACCUCGUGAGCCUCCGGUACUCGCCCUCGUGUAAUCCAAGUCCAGCGUCUCUUCGAAUUGGACGUUCACAGUGAUCCUUUCCAUGGAUUUAGAUGGGGGAGCUGGAAUGAUGGAUGGUUCCAUGGGAAGGGAAUUGAUUGCAUCUGAAGAUUGUGCAGUUGUAGAACCAUAUGUUGGCAUGGAGUUUGAUUCUGAAGAUGCCGCUAAGAAAUUCUAUGAUGAGUAUGCCGGACGUGUAGGAUUUAUCAUGCGUAUUGAUCAAUGUCGUCGUUCAGAAGUUGAUAAAAGAAUUCUUUCACGCAGACUUUCGUGUAAUAAGCAGGGUUUUUAUGUCAAAAUGAAGAAUGCAUCUGGGCCAGGUAGAAAGCUGCGUCCUAGUACCCGAGAAGGUUGCAAGGCAAUGAUGUUAGUGAAGGUAAAUAAGUCUGGUAAAUGGGUUGUUACAAGAUUUGUAAAAGAUCAUACUCAUCCACUGAUUGUUUCCAGCCAUCCCUCCCGUAAUGCCAUGGAUAAUAAGGAUAGGAGACUCCAAGAACUCACUAUGGAGCUGGAGCACCAGGAUCAAUUAUGCGAACAAUAUCGGGACCAGUUAAUUAAAUUUCUGAAAAAUGUGGAGGAGCAAACUGAAUUGCUAUCAACAAAAAUUGAAGUUGUUGUUAGCAGUUUAAGAGAAUUUGAAACUGAAAUGCAAAAGUCAUCUCACCAUUGAUAGCCCCGGAACUUGAUGAGUAAUUAGAUUUUGUUUAAACCCUUGCUUGGUUCUUCCAACUGCCAAUUGGUUUUCCUGUCACUCCCAUUUUCUUGAAUAAACUUUGCAGAAGCUUUUGCUGAAGCAUUUUUUAUGAAUGCGACGAGUCAAAAUUCUGAAUGCUCA